AUGAGCCAAACGGGUGAAGUGCUCAGAGAUUGCGAGCAUUCAGCGGACGGCGUUUGCUCAAGAUGUGUUCUCCGUCGUUCAUUCCAAUUGGGUGCAUGGAAAUCCUCUUGUUCUUCGCCUUCUCCUCCACCCAUUCUUUCAUCUAUUUCUUCCAUUCAUCCGAUUGGAUCACCGGAAGACGAGGAGAGAACACCAGUCGUUCAGCCAGCACUUCCCUUUCCUUAUCCAACGAGUUCUGAUCUAGAAGAGCCAAUGUCAAAGAUUUCACUUAUUGGCUAUGAGUCAAUGAGUGUUGAAUCAAGGAGAUUGAGUUAUUCGAAAAGCAACGAUUUGAAUGGGAUUGGGAUGAUUGAGAGUACGAAGAAGGUUUCGACAAUCGUUUCCCCGACAAAUCAUCCCGUCGAUACACUAUCACCAGAAAUUACUCCAUCGGGAUCGGCUUGGCUUCGCCGUUUGUUCGAUUCUCCACUCUGCAACACAUCAUUUUGCCUUCACUACCUUAGUAAGCGACCCACUGAUGUUUCGACGUUAAAAUUCUUGGGUGAAAAACUAAGCUCAUUCCCGGUGAAAGAAGUCGACUUUUAUAUUCCGCAACUUAUCAAUCUUUACAUCAACAAUGGAGAUGUGGCUGAGGCGAUUAAUGCGUAUAUUAUGAAACGGUGUGAAGAAAGCGGUCAAGUGGCUCUUUUGUGUUGUUGGUUAUUGGAAGCUUUUGGCGGUGAACAGCUUAAGUACGAAGAGAAGAGGCACGGAGAGAAAUUGAGGCAGUGGAUUCUGAGUAUUCUCCAUCGAGCGAAAGAUCCGAAGACGUUGAGCCAUUCGAGGAGUUUGAGCACUUCAUUAUUAAGUCCCGACAGUUUGGUUUUAUCGCUAAAACGAAGUGAGACAACGAUGGGCCCAUUUCGACAAUCGAUUUUGACAAGAGCUUUCGAUGAUGGCUGUGAUUGCUUUGAGAUCGAUCCGACACGAGAAUUCUGUAUUUGUGAGAACCUGAGUAUGCGCGGCGAAAAGGAGUUUAUCAACUCGAUGAUUCGAAUCGGGAACACGUUGAAAGAUCUGACAACGAAAGAAGAAAAGUCACGAAGAUUGAUAUCGGAGUUGGUGGUGAUCAAUAACAAUCUCCCGGCUAGAGUUUGGCUUCCAUUAUAUUGGGAUCAGCAUAUCGUUCUUCGAAUACCACCCACGAGUGGCUGUGUGCUGAAUAGUAAAGAUAAGGCUCCAUACUGUAUCUAUGUUGAAGUUCUUCUAUGUGAAUCGGUUCGAAAGAUGAAAGUGCCUACGAGAAUGAGUGACGCCGAAGCGGAACUUUAUCAGAAACUUGCUCGAAAUCACAGCACUGGCAAUCUAGACUCAAUGAUUUCCACUCCACCAACUGUUAGACCACCAAUUGAUGAUAAAGUGAUCUCUUGUGAGAUGGCAUCGGAUACUUUGUCGCAAAAAUCGAUGGAUAUGGAUAGUUGUAAUUCGGAGGAGAGAAUAUCAGCGGCUGAGAUUUCGAAUCGUUUGAAAAGAUUGAUGAAAAAGCCAAAGAGACAGAUGCGACACACAGCAGAAGAUCCGUCAGCAUUCGCGAUGUCAGAGCCAUGGGAAGAGAAAAGAGAAAGACUACGAAUUGCAAGCCCAUAUGGUCGAUUAACAGGUUGGGAAUUGUUGCCAGUGAUCGUUAAAUCGGGUGAUGAUCUCCGACAAGAAAUGCUCGCCUAUCAGCUUUUACAGACAUUAAAAGUGAUUUGGGAAGAAGAAAAGGUGCCUGUUUGGAUUCGACCCUACAAGAUCUGUGUCUUGUCCCAGGAUGCGGGGCUAAUCGAACCGAUUGUUGAUGCUUGCUCGUUACAUCAGAUUAAGCGCAAUCAACAAAUGAGCAACACUGAAGAGGGAAAACUCCAGCCCCCAUCGUUGAAACAACACUUUUUAGAGCAUUUUGGCAAAGAGGAUUCGGAUAAUUUUAUCAAAGCUCAGCAAAAAUUCGUCGAAAGCUGUGCCGCCUAUAGUUUGGCUUGCUAUUUCUUGCAAGUAAAGGACCGACAUAACGGGAAUAUCUUGAUUGAUUCGGAUGGUCAUUUGAUUCAUAUCGAUUUCGGUUUUAUUCUCAGUGCUUCACCGAAAAAUCUUGGAUUCGAAUCGUCUCCAUUUAAGUUAACAUCCGAGUACACUGAAGUGAUGGGCGGAUUGUCGUCAAGCAUGUACCAUUACUAUCGAGCUCUCAUGUUACAAGGGCUCAUUGCUGCAAGAAAACAUCACGAACGAAUCAUGAAUAUUGCUGAGAUUAUGGCACAAUCCGGAUCCCCAUUGCCGUGUUUCCGAGCCGGAGAGGCGACAAUCGUCGCGAUGAGACAACGAUUUCAUAUGGGAUCUACCGAGAAGCAAUUGCAGGCCGAGGUCGACAAGAUGAUCGAGCAGAGUCGAGACGCUUUGACCACCCGUCUCUACGACAGUUUUCAAUAUUGGUCAAAUAGUAUCUUU